AUGCGACAGUUAGAAUCUUCUAGUGAUGUAUCCAUGGCGACCGAGGCUCAUAUGCAAAGCAGGAACCCGCCCACCGGAGGCUCCAGCCAAUGGGGAGCCGCGGGGGUGACAUCAUGUCUAUUUUUAGUGGGUGAGCUCUCUCUGAUAAGUGUGAGGUGCACGCUGUCCGGGCUCACACUGGGACUGACUGAGAGAGUGAGUGAGGGACUGGCUAGCUGGGACUGCACUCAGCACUGCCUCACUGCACAGGGAGGGUGGCAAGCAGUGCCCACAGGGAACCACCACCACAACAACCACAGCCAGGGGGUAAGUGAGACCAUGGGGGCAAAUACAACAUGGAAAGAGUGUGACAACUGCUAG